AUGGUAAAUGUUACAGAACGUCUUGCAAAAAAUCUCAAGUAUAAACUUGACUUUUAUGCUAGUGGCAAAAAACUUUUUUGUAAGGCAUGUAAAAUCGUAGUAAAUCAUGAAAAAAAGUCUAUGAUUGAUAACCAUUUAAAAUCGGAAGAGCAUAAGUUAAAAACUCAAAAACCUGUACAAUCUACUUUACAUCAAGCUGGAAUAAA